AUGCUACUGUUAAUCCAUGCUCAUGGACAUGGAGGAGGUUAUGGUGGCCAUGGUGGUGGUGGACACGGAGGUGGUCAUGGAGGCGGCCAUGGUGGUGGGCAUGGUGGAGGCGGUGGUCACGGAAGUAGUGGAGGUCAUAAAUGGGGAGAUUUCUCAGAACAUCAUGACAGUGGAGGAGAGAGCGGACAUAAAAAAUGGGGAGAAGACCACGGAUCUCACGGUGGUCACGAUAAAAGCUCGAAAGACGAUUAUGGUAAUUUUUUCAGUGGAGGAGGUGAUAGUAGUCACGAUAGCGGAGGACAUUCUUAUGGAGGUUAUGGCAGCGAUCACCACGGCUCUUCGGGAGGAGGAGGACAUUCCUCGGGAAAAAACGAUCACAGUAGUUACGGAGGAGGAGGUAGUUCCGGAGGCAAUUCUGGAAUGGGAAGUCACAAAAGCAGAGGUGGGAAAAGUAGCGGGUUCAAAAAUGUAUACCACAAAGAAGAAGGAGGUGAUUCAAAAUCUUAUCACGAAGAUUUCGGAGAUAGCGAUCAUAAGAAGAAACAUGGCGACCAUCACGAAGGAUGGAAACAUGGAGGAGGAAGUCACCACGAGAGUCACGACAACAAGAAACACGGCGGUCACAGUAAGAAAGGCAGCGAUUAUCACAAAUCCGGGAAAGGUGGACACAGCAGUCAUCAUUCCAGUGAAGGAAAGAAAGGCGGCGGACAUCAUAGCAGUGGAGGUGGACACAAAUCUAGCGGAGGUGGUCAUCAUAGUAGUGGUGGCAGUGGAGGACAUAGCAGUCACGGAAGCAGCGGAAAAUCAGGUGGCAGUCAUAGAGAAAGUCACGGUCAUGGAAAAGGUCGAUAA